AUAGCAUGGAACACGAGCAACUUUCUGUUGAUGUGUGUUUCCGUGAAAAUAGAGAGGAAUUGAUUUUGUAAUUACAAGGUUUGAGAAUAACGGAGAACAAUGAAGAGGAGAAAUUGAACAGAAAAGCUAAGGGUUGAAAGUAAUAGGGUUAGAUAAUAUUAUAUAAGGACAUAAUUGAAAAAGGAAAUAAGAAAAUCAUGGGAUACCACCAACUCGAUGGUUCUAAAAAUUGAGGUAUUUCAUGGUUACCAAACCGCGAAAAAAAUACCAUACCAUACCAUACCUUUUAAAAAACAAACAAAACAAACAUGUUCCCUUGGUAACCAUAGCAUAACCAUGGGAAACCACCAUCCAAACAGGCACUAAACUAUUGGAUUUAUAAAAAUUGCUCAUAAGUAUUCCGCAAAAUUUAUACAAAAUUAUACUAAUAACUUUGUACCAAAAUUUUCUCAACCGAAGAAACUAAAACCACCACACGAUAAUAAGUGUUGCACACAAAAGAAUGCCACUGCCAACCAUUUUGUUGAGAAUUUUGUGUCUAAGAAUCCUCCUCGACACAAAUCUUCUCACCUGUUUCCAAAAAGUUCAGACCAUUUAACCUUCUCCCAAAGAAUUUACUGCGGUGUGAAAAUCAAUAACUAUAUUGUUGUUUCACCACAGAAUAAUGGAGACUGAAGAGCUCAAGCGUGUCUUUCAUAUGUUCGACAGGAAUGGUGAUGGAAGGGUCACAAAAAAGGAGUUGAACGACUCUUUAGAGAACAUGGGGAUCUUCAUGUGUGAUUCAGACCUGACGCAGAUGAUCAACAACAUCGAUGUAAAUGGGGAUGGCUACAUCGAUAUUGAUGAAUUUGGUGUUCUAUAUGAGACCAUAAUGGAAGAGCGAGAUGAGGAGGAAGAUAUCAGAGAGGCCUUCAAUGUGUUUGACCAAAAUGGGGACGGAUUCAUUACCGUAGACGAAUUGAAAUCUGUCUUGGCAUCGCUUGGUCUCAAGCAAGGGCGGACCCUCGACGACUGCAAGCAGAUGAUUAAGAAAGUGGAUGCUGACGGAGAUGGAAAGGUGAAUUUUAUAGAGUUUAAGCAGAUGAUGAAAAGUGGUGGAUUUGCUGCAUUGAGUUAGAGUAAAAAUCAACAAGACCUUGAAGGUCGGAAUCUUAUACUCCUAAGCAAAGGUCUGAGGUCAGUUCUUCGACAAGUUUCUGGGAUGGAGCCUUUACCACCUUAAUAAGAAAACUUGAUGACAAUGUUAAUUAGUCAAUCAAGUGAACUGAGAAAACUAGAUGACUAAUCAGAAAACAAAAAAUAGAGUGGAAACUACUCAUGUAAAUACAGUUUGUUACAUUUCUAGUUUUUAUUUAAUUCUUUGGCUCCUAAAACAAUCUUGAUAGAACAAUUACCCCUUCAUUUUCAUGUUUCUACUCUUUUGUGUACACAUAUUGUGCGGGUUAGGAUUACCUCCGUUAUUUAACCCUCCAGUAAUGCUCAACAGAGGCUUUGAUUGAAACCACAUGUCCUCUAGAGAUCUAAGGUUAAUACUGUAUCUCUUCUCCUAUGCUCUGUUUAACAGGUGAUGUACAGAGAUUUUCAUUUUGUCUUUCGUCUUGUUUGACAGUUAAUGAAGGAAAUCCCACGGCUAUAAAUUUCUUCCUUCUGG